CGUGUGUGUCGGGCAGAAUAAUUUCUGUUCUCAUGUCUUCCCAGUUUCUACGAUCAACUGUGGAAUGCCAUGGGUUGGGUCCAUAAUCUUGCCCACCCGGAUGCCCACAGCCAUGUGGCGCGAGUGAUCGCGAUCUGCUUGACAUUCAGCAUCAGUGCGGUGAUCGCCCUUUUCCUACGGUUUUAUAUCCGCUUGCAUUCGAAACGUGCCCUUUGGCUAGACGACUACCUGGCGGCAUGCAGUGCAGUGUUAGGAUUAGCUUACGCGGGGAUUGCAGUGGCCCAAACACGGUAUGGUUUAGGACUGGAUGCAGCUUCGUUCCCAGAUGCGAACGUGGUGAUGUUCAGUAAGAUCCAAUACGCAGGCGGCCCCACGUAUAUCCUCGCUAUUCUCUGCUUCAAGGUUUCUCUCCUGACUUCUUAUCUGCGGAUCGGAGGUUUCGUGGCCACCUAUCGAUGGAGUAUCAUUGGCGUGGUGAUAGCAGUGGUGUGCAACCAGGUUAUUUUCACUUUUCUCUUAACAUUGGCAUGCAAUCCAGUCGCAAAGCAAUGGGACGCGAGUCUUCCAGGAACAUGCAUUGACACGGUUGCUUCAUAUUAUGCAUUGGCCGGAACAAGCCUGGGCUUUGACAUAGUCAUUAUUGCCCUCCCACUCCCAGUCCUAUGGUCCUUACAACUCCGACAAGCGCAAAAGAUAGCUCUCAUGGCCCUCUUCGCCCUAGGAUUCUUCAUUACCAUCAUCCAAGUCAUCCGUAUCUUCACCAUCAAGCAUCUCAAAACCUACACUGACAGUGAACCGAUCGUCUUAUGGUCGCAAGUGGAAAUAAGCCUGGGAGUGAUAAUCGCAUGCGUCCCCACCUAUGGUCCUUAUUUCCACGCCUUCGCCUCGACCCUCACCUCAAGCUACAACACCCGCCGCCAACGACGCCAACACGCCUCGCAAAGCCAGACCAUGGAUGCUGGCCGCUCGUACGCGUUGAGUGGGGUUCGUCGUACGCAGCGCAACCAGAGUCGCAUGUUACCUUCUGAGACGGAUGACCAGGCUGAGAUCCUGGAUUUGGGGGAGGCCAGUGCUGGAAGAAACAGGCCGUGGGAUAAUUCCGUCGCGGUGACUACGACAAUUGGACACGGUGAUGGGGAUAGUAGUGGCGGAGAGAGGAGUUCGUUGGGAAGUGGCAGGGGGAGAGGAAGUGGAGAAGGGAAGGAUGGGGAGGGGCCGUUGCAGAUUCAGAGGGUCGUGGAGGUGGAGGUUAGGGUUGAUUAG